CCUGUCCAAACCCAGCCUGCUGCCUCUUCAAGCCUGCAGAGCAUAGCUCAUAUCUGGGAGGAACGAUAGCCUCUCUCUUUGGGUGGUUUUUUCCCUUCCCUUUUGCAGUAGUUGAUUGCAAUAAUCUAUUAACGUGUUACUUGCAAGGUGGCAGCUGAGAGAGAGCGAAGCCGGUUUUGAGGGAGAGGAGGGCUGUUGACGUAGCAAGAGGGAUCCAUUUCGAAACUGAUCCCCCCCCCCUUUAACGAGGCUCUCCUUGAAGUCUGCUCUGGAGCUGUGGUGGAGGAUGAUGCAAAAGGAUUUCUCGAGGCAGCCAGCCAAAGACUUUCUGAAGGACGUCUGAAAAGCCUGCAGAGUGGUUCUUUUUCUUGCCAAUGAACUCUGAAUACUUGAUGGAUUCAUAGCCACAAGGGAUUUACAGCACACUGAGAAGCAGCGAUGAUGUUCUGCCUCCUCCUGUGGUGGAAUCUCAAAGUCCUUGCCCUGUCUCUCCUUCUGAAAACCACCAUCUCCUUAAAUCCAGAUGACCCAAAUGUUUGCAGCCAUUGGGAAAGCUAUGCCGUGACUGUUCAGGAAUCGUACUCACAUCCCUUUGAUCAGAUCUAUUACACGAGAUGCACGGAUAUCCUGAACUGGUUCAAGUGCACUCGACACAGAAUAAGUUAUAAGACAGCAUAUCGGAGGGGACUGAGGACUAUGUAUCGGCGACGAUCGCAGUGCUGCCCAGGAUAUUACGAGAGCGGAGACUUCUGCAUCCCUCUCUGCACAGAAGAAUGUGUCCAUGGAAGGUGUGUUUCUCCCGACACGUGUCACUGUGAACCUGGAUGGGGGGGCCCAGAUUGUUCCAGCGGAAGGGCCACCUCUGAAGGGGCACCCGAGCACACGGCAGCACCAGCGGGGAGUAGCAGGAACCACACCGCCAACAGCUGUGAUAGUGACCACUGGGGACCUCACUGCAGCAACCGCUGCCAGUGCCAGAACGAAGCGCUUUGCAACCCCAUCACUGGCGCCUGCGUCUGUGCGACUGGAUACAAAGGAUGGCGCUGUGAGGACUUGUGCGACCCAGGAAGUUACGGCAAAGGCUGCCAGCUGAAGUGCCAGUGUCACAAUGGGGCCACUUGUGACCAUAAGACCGGGGAGUGCCACUGUGCUCCUGGAUACACAGGUGUCUUCUGCGAAGAGCAUUGUCCUCCCGGUAGCCAUGGAGCGCAGUGUGAGCAGCGGUGCCCAUGCCAGAAUGGGGGCACCUGCCACCACGUCACUGGAGAGUGUGCCUGUCCCCCAGGAUGGAUGGGCUUUGUGUGUGCCCAGCCGUGUCCAUCAGGAACAUACGGGGUUAACUGCAGCCAGGAUUGCCCAUGUCAUAAUGGAGGGCAAUGCGAUCAUGUGACGGGGGUUUGCCUAUGCACUGCAGGCUAUAUGGGAGACAGAUGCCAGGAGGAGUGCCCUGUUGGGACAUACGGCUUUCAGUGCAUGCAGAAAUGCAACUGCGAGAACCGAGCCAAGUGCUACCACAUCAACGGAGCCUGCCUGUGCGACCCAGGCUUCAAAGGGAUCCAUUGCCAGGAGCGGAUGUGCCCCGAGGGAUACUAUGGGCUGAAAUGCAAUAAGCGAUGUCCUUGCCAUGUUCCAAACACAGUCAGCUGUCACCCUCUGUCUGGAGAAUGCAACUGCAAAGCCGGCUGGGCAGGACUCUACUGCAAUGACACCUGUCCUCCGGGAUACUACGGCGAAAGCUGCCAGCUUGCCUGCCGCUGCCAGAAUGGAGCAGAUUGUGAUAGUAUUACAGGGAAGUGCUCCUGUGGCCCGGGAUAUAUGGGAGAAGACUGCUCUGUCGUUUGUGCAGCCGGAACAUACGGAGGCAACUGCUCAUUGGUUUGCAACUGCAGAAACGAUGGCGGGUGCUCCCCAGUGGACGGUUCGUGCUUUUGCAGAGAAGGGUGGCAGGGAGCAGAUUGUUCCAUUCCAUGUCCAAGUGGCACUUGGGGUCUCAACUGCAACCAGUCAUGUUACUGUGCCAAUGGAGCCGCCUGCAACCCUGUGGAUGGAUUCUGCCUUUGCUCUCCUGGCUGGCAAGGGGAUUUCUGUGACCAGCCCUGCCCUGACGGGACAUACGGCCUGAACUGCAGUGAACACUGUGAUUGUAGCCAUGCAGAUGGAUGUGAUCCGGUUACAGGUUAUUGUUGCUGCCUUGCUGGUUGGACAGGCAUCCAUUGCGACAGUGUCUGUCCAGAAGGGCGGUGGGGACCCAACUGCUCCAUCACCUGCAACUGUGAAAACGGAGGGUCCUGCUCCCCAGAGGAUGGGACCUGUGAGUGUGCACCAGGCUACCGAGGACCCCUGUGCCAAAGAAUUUGUCCACCUGGUUUCUACGGACAUCAAUGCAGCCAGCCGUGUCCCCAGUGCAUUCAUAGCACUGUCCCCUGUCAUCACAUUACAGGACAUUGUGACUGCCUCCCAGGAUUUUUUGGCCCACUCUGCAAUCAAGUGUGUCCAAGCGGAAGAUAUGGGAAGGAUUGUGCCGAAGUGUGUCUGUGCACGAACAACGGGACAUGUAACCCCCUGGAUGGGUCUUGCCAGUGCUACCCUGGUUGGAUAGGCAAAGACUGUUCCCAGACGUGCCCUGUUGGCUUUUGGGGUGCAGACUGUUUUCAUUCUUGCAGUUGUCAUAAUGGUGCAGUAUGCAGCCCUCACGAUGGAGAAUGCAGGUGCACCCCUGGCUGGACGGGUCCCUACUGUACACAACGAUGUCCAGCUGCUUUCUAUGGGAAAAGCUGUGCCAACGUCUGCCAGUGUCAGAAUGGAGCGGAUUGUGACCACAUUACUGGGCAGUGCACAUGCAGGACAGGGUUUACGGGGAAGCAGUGUGAGCAAAAAUGCCCCCCAGGAACAUUUGGUUACGGUUGCCAGCAGCUGUGUGAAUGCAUGAACAACGCGACCUGCGACUACGUUACGGGCACCUGCUACUGCAGCCCUGGCUUCAAAGGAAUCAGGUGUGACCAAGCGGCUCUCAUGAUGGAAGAAUUAAACCCCUAUACUAAAAUUAGUCCCGCUCUUGGAUCGGAGAGGCAUUCAGUGGGAGCCAUCAUUGGGAUUAUUAUCCUCCUGCUAAUUAUUAUGGUUCUGCUGGCACUCUUCGUAUGGUAUCGACGGAAGCAGAAGAAAGGCCACGACAUGCCAAGCGUCUCGUACACGCCAGCCAUGCGGAUGACAAACACCGAUUACUCACUCUCUGGUGCUUAUGGGAUGAAUAGACGUCAGAACACAUACAUUAUGGAAAAAGGCUUCAAAGACUAUAUGAAGGGAUCUGCCUGCAGCUCCAGCACCUGUUCCCUCAACAGCAGCGAAAACCCCUACGCCACCAUCAAAGACCCCCCCAUCAUGGCAUGCAAACAUUCCGAGAGCAGCUAUGUGGAAAUGAAAUCUCCCGUUCACCGGGACGCAUCCUAUUCUGACACACCAGCCUUGUCAGCAGCUAAUAAAAACAUAUACGAUGUUGAGCCCACCAUCAGCGUCAUCCAAGAGGCUCGUCUCCGCAAUGCUGUCUACAUCCAAAACCCAUACGACAUGCCCAGGAACAGUCACAUCCCCUGUCACUAUGACGUUCUCCCUGUAAGACACAGCCCAACGCAUGGGACACUUUGGGACAAGCAGUCUUAGAGGGCUGUGCGUGCUGCUGCUGCACUCAUGAACUUUGUUCCCCGAUGCAAUGACCGAAGAGAAGACAAUCCUUUCUGUUUUGUUCUGCUACAUGCUGGAUAAACA